AUGCAGUCGCAGGUGGUGGGCGUCACGGUGCUCCUGCUUCUGAUUCUUGGAGCCACGCAGUCGAAGCACAGAGCUCCUCGCCGCUACACCCCAGACUGGGAGAGUCUGGACGCCCGGCCAUUGCCGGGCUGGUACGACGACGCCAAAUUCGGGGUGUUUGUGCACUGGGGCGUGUACUCGGUGCCGGCAUGGGGCAGCGAGUGGUUCUGGUGGCACUGGAAGGGCGAAGGGCGGGCCCCGUACGAGCUCUUCAUGAGGAACAACUACCCGCCCGGCUUCACCUACGCUGACUUCGGGCCGCAGUUCACGGCCACCUUCUUCCAGCCGGACGACUGGGCCGACCUCUUCCGGGCGGCAGGGGCUAGGUAUGUGGUCCUGACCACAAAGCAUCAUGAAGGCUUUACAAACUGGCCGAGUCCUGUGUCUUGGAACUGGAACUCUCAGGACCUGGGACCCCAUCGUGACUUGGUUGGGGAGCUGGGAACAGCUCUCCGAAAGAGGAAUAUACGCUAUGGACUUUACCAUUCACUCUUAGAAUGGUUCCAUCCACUCUACCUACUUGAUAAGAAAAAUGGCUUGAAGACACAGUAUUUUGUCAGUUCGAAAACAAUGCCAGAGCUGUAUGAUCUCGUUAAUAGGUACAAGCCUGACUUGAUUUGGUCGGAUGGAGAGUGGGAGUGUCCUGAUACUUACUGGAACUCAACAGAUUUUCUUGCUUGGCUCUACAACGAUAGCCCUGUCAAGGAUCAGGUGGUGGUAAAUGACCGGUGGGGCCAAAACUGCUCCUGUCACCAUGGAGACUUCUACAACUGUCAAGAUAAAUACAUGCCAGGGAGCUUGCCAGACCACAAGUGGGAGAUGUGCACCUCCAUCGACAAGUCAUCCUGGGGCUAUCGUCGCAACAUGGCGAUGGCAAGCAUUGCGAGUGAACAGGAAAUCAUUUCGGAACUGGUUAGGACAGUGAGCUUGGGAGGCAAUUAUCUUCUCAACAUUGGACCGACCAAAGAUGGAGUGAUUGUGCCCAUCUUCCAAGAAAGGCUUCUUGCUGUCGGGAAGUGGCUGAGCAUCAACGGGGAGGCUAUCUAUGCCUCUAAGCCGUGGCGAGUACAAUCAGAUAACAAUGGGACAUCUGUCUGGUAUACCUCAAAAGGACCAGAUGUUUAUGCCAUUUUGCUGCAGUGGCCAGAAAAUGGAGUCUUAAACCUUGCAUCUCCUAAAACUACCUCUACCACAGAGGUGACGAUGCUGGGUCUUGAAGGCAGUCUGAAAUGGUCCAAAGAACCACUUCAGGGCCUCCUCAUAUCUCUGCCUCAGUUACCACCCUCUGCUUUCCCCAUUCCAUUUGCUUGGACCCUCAAGUUGACAGGAGUGGAGUGA